GUCAGUUGUCACUUGUCAGUGUAAAAUUCGAAUUUCGGUGUAGCAUGGUUUAUUUUAUGUGAUAUUUUGGUGUUCAAACUGUGAAUGUGUAUUUAUAUACAGUUUUGAAUAUUGGUUUAUUGAUAUAAUUAAAAAUGUCUGCCGAUAUAGCAGAGGCCCAACUACAAGUACGGUUUAUAACCAAACAAGAACAAUAUGCAGUGCCAGACAGUCCUUACGCUAUUCAGAGCAAUGUUCAGGCCGCAGACUUGAAUACUUUGGUAAAUGCUUUGUUGAAAGAGACAAAUCCAUCACUUGAGAAAGCUGUUGAAUUCGAUUUCUUAAUAUGUGGGGAGCUGUUGUGCUUGUCGCUGGCAGAGCACUUGCAAGAGAAAGGAGUUUCCACAGAAGACACACUAGAAAUAGAAUAUCUGGAAAGAUUUCCGGCACCAGCUCCACAGGAUUGCUUGAUGCACGAUGACUGGGUAGCUACAGUGCAUGCACACUCUGACUGGAUACUGUCUGGUUGCUAUGACAAUAGUAUUCAUAUUUGGAGUACAAAGGGCCAGCACAAACUGGCCAUACCUGGUCACACAUCUCCUGUGAAGGCAGUGUCUUGGGUCUCUUUCAAUGGGGACCAGGCUGUGUUUGCAAGUGGUUCCCAUGACCAGUCAGCGAUGCUCUGGGUGUGGAAUGUAGCCAAUAACUCAGUAGACUGUGUGGUUACAUGCCGAGGUCAUGACAAAGGUCUAGAAUGUCUUGCAGUGUCCGCUGACGCUAACAGAUUCGCUACUGGCAGUUGGGACAACAAUAUCUGCCUGUGGAGUACAAGUUUAUCAGAUGAAGACAAUGUACCAGCAAAGAAAAGAAGUAAACCUGAACACACUGGAAAGUCUAGAGAGCCCUUGACUACUCUGAAAGGGCACAGAGAAGCGGUGUCUGGUGUGCAAUGGAUGGACUUCAACACAGUACUGUCCAGUGGCUGGGACCAUUUGUUGAAGCUAUGGGAUUGCGAACUCGGUGGCAUCAAACAGGAGGUUGCUGGAAAUAAGGCUUUCUUCGACGUGGACUGGUCUCCAUUGAACAACAGUAUUGUGACAGCCUCAGCAGACAGACAUAUUCGCCUUUAUGACCCCAGAUCCACAGAGAGCAUUGUAAAGACAACGUUCACUUCUCACACGGGCUGGGUGCAGUCAGUGCGCUGGUCAAAAACACGAGACACGUUGUUCCUUUCAGCUGGCUACGACGGACAAGUCAAGUUGUGGGAAACUAGGAGCCCCCGGACGCCAUUAUACGACUUGAGCGGGCACGAAGACAAAGUUCUGUGCUGUGAUUGGUCGAACCCUGCGCUGCUCGUCAGCGGCUCUUCCGACAACACGCUCAGAAUAUUUAAGGCCAAGCACUACCCAGACGCGUAAGGGUUAACUCCAUAUUACGACCGACCAAUACCUACUAGUGUUCGAAAUACAUUUUGACGGUUAUUUUUACAAGAUAUUUCGACUUUUAUUCAGAAAUGAUGCGUCCGUCUUAGGUAUACGUUAUGUUACUUAGAAUAUUUUUUUUUGUAUUAGCGUAUAAGAGGAGUAAUAAAUAAGUUGAAUUUUA